AUGGCUCCCUCGAAUGACUCCCAUCCUGCUACCAGGGCUUUACACGCUGACGACCCCCUCAAUCUCGUCACCGACGUGGCACCCCCGAUCCAUCUAUCCACCACCUUUCGCUUUCCCAGCCACCCCGAUCAAUUGGUCCCCAGUGAGGACCCAGACGAAUUUGACGGCAAGAAUUAUGUCUACGCGCGCGAGUUCGCCCCAAACGCCACCCGCUUUGAGCGCAUCCUCUCCUCGCUGCUCAAUGGACACGCCGUUAGCUACGCAUCCGGCCUAGCUGCCAUUCAUGCCGCCCUGGUGCUGCUCAACCCACGUCGUGUCUCAGUGGGAGACGGGUACCACGGCAGCCACGAGGUCAUUGCCGUGCUGUCCCGCCUGUCCGGUUUGAAGAAGCUGCCCCUUGACUGUCCGGCGGAGGAGCUCGGCGAGGGUGAUGUUAUUCUGCUAGAGACGCCCGUAAAUCCAUUUGGGACCGCGUUCAGUAUCGAAGAAUACGCCGCCAAGGCCCACAGUCGCGGCGCGUAUCUCAUCGUCGACAGCACGUUUGGCCCGCCCGGCUUGCAGGAACCGUUCCAGUGGGGCGCAGAUCUCGUCAUGCACUCCGGGUCUAAGUACUUCGGAGGCCAUUCCGAUAUGCUGUGCGGAGUCUUAGUAACAAAACGCGCGAACUGGCUGAAACAGCUAUUCGAGGACCGCCUGGCGCUGGGCAACGUCAUUGGCAAUAUGGAGGGUUGGCUGGGCGUACGCAGUCUGCGUACGUUAGAUCUGCGUGUCCAGCGCGCCAGCCACAGUGCUGGGAAGCUGGUUGCGUGGCUUCAGGCUGGUUUGGAAGCAGCAAACCCAGCGCCAGGAAGUGAACAGAAGGCGGUGCAAGAUAUGGUGCAGACCAUCUACCACGCCAGCUUACAGGACGAACCGUGGUUGAAGCGACAAAUGCCGAAUGGAUUCGGUCCUGUGUUUUCCAUCAUCCUGCGCGGGGAGGAGCUUUCCCGGAAUCUUCCCAGUCGGCUUCAUUUUUUCCAGCAUGCAACCAGUCUCGGGGGUGUGGAAUCGCUUAUCGAGUGGCGCGCCUUGUCGGACUCACGGGUUGAUCGGAGCUUACUGAGAAUUAGUGUGGGACUGGAGGAUUGGGAGGAUCUCAAGGGUGAUCUCCUCCAGGCGUUUAGGGCGCUUGGUGCCAGCCACGCGCAAUGAAAAUCCACUUCCUAAUUUCGCAAAAGGGCCCGCCCGAUCUAUGCUCAACGACCGGUUAUUUUUACAUGGGAUAGGUUGUAACGCCGGUUUGUGCGCCGUCCUGCCGGGCGCAUAACGGAUGCGUAUGUUUUACGCAAUUCUGGCAGGAGCGACAGGUCAGAAAUAGAAAG